AUGAUUCGCACAGGUCUUAGUAUUGCUAUCUCUAAAAAUUGGCUUAUCAAUCAACACUAUGUCAAGAAUGCCUUCUUGCAUGGUGACCUUUCCGAGGAAGUGUACAUGCAACAACCUCCUGACUAUGUCCACCCCACCUUCCCUCACCAUGUUUGUCGGCUUCGCAAGGCUCUUUAUGGCCUCAAGCAGGCACCUCGUGCCUGGUACCAGCGGUUUGCUCAUUUCAUAUUGUCUUUCAGGUUCAAAAGUAGUUGCUCAUAUUGUUCUCUCUUCACCUUUCAUUCGGGAAAUGAUCAUAUCUAUCUUCUUCUACAUGUUGAUGAUAUCAUUAUCAUUGCUUCCUCUCAUUCUCUCAUAUCUUGCGUCAUUUCUCGCUUAUCUGAGGAAUUUUCUUUGACGGAUUUAGGUCCUCUUUCCUUCUUUCUAGGAAUUUCUGCCUCUCGUUCCUCGCAAGGUCUCUUCCUCUCUCAAAUGGCCUUUGCCAAGGAAAUAAUUUCUCGUGCUAACAUGUCCUCUUGCAACCCAUGCAACACUCCUACUGACACUAAAUCUAAGAUGUCACCUGAUGGCUCUCCCGUUUCUAAUCCCACCCUUUAUCGGAGCUUUGUUGGGGCUCUACAAUAUCUAACAUUCACUCGUCCAGAUAUUUCUUAUGCUGUUCAACAUGUCUGUUUAUUUAUGCAUGAUCCGCGUGAACCUCAUCUUCUUGCUCUCAAGCGCAUUCUUCGCUAUCUUCAAGGUACUCUCUCAUUUGGCCUUUCUCUCCGGCCAUCUUCUGUUGAUUGCUUGGUCUCCUACUCUGAUGCUGAUUGGGCGGGUAGUCCCAAAACUCGUCGGUCCAUGUCUGGGUUUUGUGUUUACCUUGGCGAUAAUUUCGUGUCAUGGUCUUCCAAACGUCAGCAUGUUGUCUCUCGCUCCUCUGCUGAAGCAGAGUAUCAGGGGGUAGCUAAUGUGGUUGCCGAAGCUGCAUGGCUUCGUAAUCUCCUUCUCGAGUUAUCUUGUCCAUUGUCUAAAGCAACGGUUAUGUUUUGUGAUAAUGUGAGUGCCAUGUAUUUGGCAUCAAACCCGAUACAACAUCAACGUACCAAGCAUGUGGAAAUAGAUAUAUAUUUUGUUAGGGAGCGUGUUGCCAUUGGUCAUGUGCGUGUUUUACAUAUUCCAUCGGCUCACCAGUUUGCAUACAUAUUUACCAAGGGCAUUCCCACUCAGUUAUUCUUAGAUUUUCGUCACAAUUUAAACAUUUGUAAACUCCAUGCUCAAACUGAGAGAGUGUGUUAA